AUGUCUUCUUCACUAGUAAACCUUAAAAACCAUCUAAUUCCUCUUGAAGAGAUCAACCAUGCCACAGACAACUUCAAUCCCCAAAGACGUAUUGGAAGUGGUGGAUUUGGUGAAGUUUACAAAGGAAUACUCUCUGAACGCACAGCAGCUUUCAAACGCCUAAAACCGGGUAGCUACCAAGUACAAGAGGACUUCCGCAACGAGCUUGAGAUGAUUGCUAGAUUUUGCCACGAAAACAUUAUAUCUUUCAUUGGUUAUUGUGAUGAAGCCAAUGAGAUGAUUAUUGUCUAUGAGUAUGCUAGUAAUGGAAGCCUUGAUUGGCAUCUCCAAGAUAUGAAUAGGAGGUGUUUCAUAACAUGGACACAACGUCUAAAGAUUUGUAUAGGAGCAGCAAGAGGACUCCAUUACCUUCACUUGGGUCUUGGAGAGAGCGACAGAGUAAUACACAGAGACAUUAAGAGUGCCAACAUAUUGUUAGAUGACAAAAUGGUAGCAAAAAUUUGUGAUUUUGGCUUGUCCAAAUUUGGUCCCAAAAAUCAGCCAAAUGGCCAACUCUACACAAAGGUUGCGGGUACCCACUUUUACUUGGAUCCCACUUACCAUGAAAGCGGUAUCCUCAAUAAAGCGUCAGACGUAUACUCAUUUGGGGUUGUAAUGUUUGAAAUGCUUUGUGGGAUGUUGGCUUAUUAUGCUAGGAGCAUUGGAGGUGAAAGCCCGCAACCUCUUAUAAAUCUGGUCCGACGUUACUAUGACAAUGAACUAGAAAGGUUAAUUGAUCCGGCUAUUAAGGAUCAAAUUGAUAGUCGUUCUUUCGAUAUGUUUAAAGAAAUUGCAUAUGAGUGCAUUAGUUUCAAUCUAAAGGAACGCCCUACGAUGGGGAAGGUUGUUGAGAAGAUUGAGAAAGCAUUGAAUAUUCAAACUCCGCCAUAUGAGGAGAUUGCUGCUCUUAUUAAAUGCGUAGAGGGAGACAUUGGAUUUACUGAUGGUAAACCUGUUGCAGCGUUGACUAUAUACAAAUGCCUACUCCAUUGGAAUUGUCUUGAAGCUGAAAAAACCAUUGUGUUUGAUAGAAUUAUUCAGAUUAUUAUUUCAGCAAUUGAGGAUAAAGAUAAUAAUGAUCUGAUGGCAUAUUGGUUAUCAAAUGCAUCUACUUUGUUAUUCUUACUCCAUAAGACUCAUCAACCUCUAACUUUGCCACCAACGGGAUUUCAUUCAUCCCAAUCUCCUGAGGAUGAUCUUGCUGAGGCUGAGCAUGACCCUGAACUUCAGGAUCAAAUUGAUAAUCAGAUGACAUGCUGGUUAUCAUGUGCAUCUACUUUGGUAUUUUUAAUCCGAAAAAGUCUAAAACUUGAUAGUGCACCUUCAAUUCAGAAACCAAUGUCACCAACUUUGUUUCAUUCAUCCACAUCCCCUAAGGCUGAAACUGAGGCUACACCUAUAGAAGUACAACAUGUUGUGGCCAAAUACCCAGCUUUGCUUUUCGAGCUCCAACUAACAACAUACGUAGAGAAAAUGUGUGGCAUUAUUAUUGCUAACUCGAAGAAGGAGGUGGGAUCAUUCCUUUCGUCAAGUAUUCAGGCUUCAAAAUCGGGAAUACAAGGACAUCAUAGUUCUAAAAAUCACUGGCAUGGCAUUGUUGACUAUCUCAACACUCUUCAAAAAACAUUCGAAGAAAAUUUUGUGCCUACCACAAUUGUUAAGAAGAUACUCACUAAAAUUUUCUCAUAUAUCAACGUGCAACUCUUUAAUAGUUUUCUUCUAUACCCAGAGUGUUGUUCCAUUGCCAAUGGGCGCUAUGUGAAUGAAGGUUUAGCAGAGUUAAAGCUGUGGUGUCGUGAGGCAACAGAAAAGUAUGCAGGCUCAUUGUUCGAUGAACUUAAUCAUGUUAGACAGGCUACUCAAUUCUUGAUUAUACGUAGCAAAUGGGAGAUAUCAUACAAAAGGAUCAACAAUCUAUGUUCUAUUCUAAGUGUCUCGCAGUUGCAUAAAAUAUGUACAACUGCGUGUUUCCAAGACAAGAAUUACUUAGGUGGUGGAUUUGAUGAAGUUAUUGCAAGCCUCGCCAUAAAAUCUGAAGAUCGUAAUAAUGCUUCAAGUGAUUCCCUUUUAUUGAAAGACACUUCCAGGAUACAUUUCUCUGUUGAUGACCUCGUUGAUUCCUUGCAAGUAGAAGAUUUUGCAAAUGUUAAUCCUGCUAUAGGGCUUGCCAAGUAUCCAGGCUUUGAAUUUUUGUACAACUGAAGAUCAGAAAUUUUUACUUUUUCUCGAGGUAUAGCAUAUUCAUUGCAUGUAUGUAAAACUAAGAGACAAGGAUAUCGUGUACAAGUGUCAAAUACGCAACGUAUUUACAUUAAUUUUUAUCCUAAACAACACCAUAAUUUCUUUUUUAUGUAAAUAAAAAAUGCAUU